AUGUUAUGGAAGUGGCUGGUGGACAACUUCAAGUACCGGCGAAAGUGUGGCUUCAUUUUUGGAAGAAGACGCCAUUCGGUUUUGGAAGUAUGCGGAAGCCACAAGAUCACCAGGCAACAAUACCAAGCAUUACUGGCAUGCAUCGAUUAUUUAGAACAACACAUUGACGUUUACGGGCUGUUCGUUACCGGGGGCAGCAUAAUGCACGUGAAAAAAAUAUACGAAAAAAUUAAAUCCGGAGCACCGAAUCUACUAGAAUACCUUCGCACAGUGCACGCACCAAGAGAGUGUGCGAUGGCUUUUCAUCAGUUUCUUUCCGUCUACCAAGUUCAGGUGCUUCCACAUCGUUGCAUCGAUAUCGUUUCGGGAGAUGUUGUCGGUGUGCCGAUGCGGCUCAUCGCACUGGACGUUCUAAACCUGCUGCACGAGGAGUUUGACGACACGCGGCUUCACUUUGCCAAACGAUAUCUGCAGCUGAUGCGCCGAUACACAGUGCACGGAUAUCUUCGGCCUACGGAAGUGCACGUCGUCAUUACGCCGUAUAUUGCACUGUCCAAAGUAUUCCCCAGGCCCGACACACGCACGAAUAUGCAGACGAAAGCAAUGACCCUGUUGGAGCUGUUUCUAAUGGCCCAACUGCUGGACGACCCGAUGUCUCUGUCCGCACAGUUACAACAAGCGUGUAUCUCAUAUUGGCGAAAAACGGAAGACUGA